GACAACGACCAAGGCGUGAAAAUUUACUACACGUUGUUUCAAUUAGUAUCUUUUGCGUUGCCAAUGUCGAGUGCCACAGCUCAACGACUACUUUCAUUUGAUGGCUGGGAAACCGCCUUAGAUCCCAAGAAUAUCUCUCUUUUAUCUAUACUGAAGUUUCGUCAAACGAAAGAUGAUUUUAUUUAUGAUGCACAUGAAGAAAACUUCGCGAUAUCCAAGUUUCUGACUGAUAUAGCCCAAACUAUCACUGAUACUGACACAGAAUGGGUUACUGCUAUCAACCUUGUGACAGUAAAGGCAAGUAUGAAUCGUUAUGUAUUAGUAUGGCAAGAAGAGUGA